AUGUGGAGCGAAGAACCUGACCUUUCCAACUUGCAUGGCCGAAAUCCGAGAAAUACGUGCUCAGGUUAUGCCCAUCUUAACGUAAUACCUUUGAAGAAGACCAGAUUUCUCGCUUGUCAUUUGUUAGCGACCUGGGAUCAAAGUGACACGUACGUCAAGUUUUACAUCAAUCUCGCUGGCGUUCAAGAUAUUCCAACCGAGAACAUCGAAGCUACAUUUUUGCCGAGGAGCUUGCAUUUACGAGUGCAUAAUCUCAAUGGCAAGGACUACGAGUUUGACAUAAUCGAGUUGUCGAAUUCGAUAUUGCCACCAGAGAGCACGUUCAAAGUAAGCUCAGCUGCUUUUAGUUCAUACUGAUG